AUGUCUACAAUAAAAAAGUGGUUAGAUGAUGCCAUAAAAAAUGAACAUAUAAAUCUUUAUGAGUAUGGCUCUUUUGUUGAUUUUGAACUGAUCGGGAAGGGUGCUUGUGGUAGAGUGUUUCGUGCUAGAUCUACUCGCUAUCAAAAAACAAUGGCUUUAAAAGAACUUAACAAUGUGUCAUUCGACCUACUUGUCAACGAAGUUCUAGAAGAAUUGGAAAAGGUUGAUAUCAAUGUUUUGACUGACGACGAUUCAUCGGAAAUCAAUAAAAACCCUGGCGGGGAUACAAAUGAUAACGAUAAUUCACAAACUAAAACUUCCAAUUUAGAAAAUGAAUUUGAAAUUCCUCAAACGCUGUCUGAUACUUAUAAUGGUUAUUUAAACAAUUAUCAACCAUCAUCCAACCCAUUAUCUCCAAUGAUCACAGAGAAUAUAAGUAGAUAUAUAAUUCCUCAAGAACUACCUGAUUCCAGUAGUGAUUUGAAAAUUUAUCAACCAUCAUCCAACCCAUUAUCUCCAAUGAGCACAGAGAAUAAUAUAAGUAGAUAUAUAAUUCCUCAAGAACUACCUGGUUACAGUAGUGAUUUGAAAAUUUAUCAAGAAUUAUCCAAUUUACCAUCUCCAACAAUCAAAUCAAAAAAAGAGAUUAUUGAUAAAAUUAUAAAAGAAAAUUUUAAUGUUUUGAGUUUCACCAAACAUAAGGAGGUAUCAAACAAUAUCCAAAAAUCCAUUGAAGAACAGAAUGUAACUUCUUUGGAAAUUCUCAAGGAAUUGAUCAGUAUACAAGAAACAUCGCCUAUUUACCUAACUUUGAUUGGUUUUUUUUAUUACGUGGGCAUAGGUACUCCAAUCAAUAAAGUUGAAUCUUCUAAAUAUUUUGAAAAAUCCAAUAAUCUUAAAGAGCCAACCGGUCAAGCUUGGUUAGGUCAUCUUUAUGAAAAUGGCGAAGUUGGUGCAGAAGGUAAACAAGAUAUUAAAAGAGCGUUUGAAUUGUAUUUGGAUUCUGCUAAUAAAGAUAAUGCAUUUGGACAAUAUCGUGCUGGAUGUUGUUAUGCAAGUGGCAAAGGUAUUUCCAGAAAUACAUGUGAAGCAACAAAAUUAUUAAAAGCUGCUUUAAAUAACGGCGAGAUUCAAGCCAAACCUCGACUAGAACAUAUAGUUUUUAUUGCAAAAUAG